AUGCUCGACGGCACCAUCAUACAGCUCAGAUCCGUCUGCAGUGCCAACUUGGUCACGGUCUCAGCCUUUGCCGUGGCACUUUUGUCAUUGCUGCUCGCGUAUUCAAAGACGCAGAGAUGGAAGCGCGAUUCGGCGGCGUCUCUCAACGGAGCGGCGCUCGGCAGGAGCGACAAGGCGGCUUUGAUCGAGCCGCUGGACCAGUUUGAGUGGCAGGUGGCGGACCGGCGGAAAAUGCGCGUCUUCAGGCCCAUAUACAACAUCUCCAUGGGAAUCAAGACCGACACGCCAUCGGAGCUCAUCACCAUUGACAAGGGCUACCUCGACCGCAUCAAGCACCGCCAGCACCUCCUCUCCAACUUCCCCGACACGGUCCUAGGCUACGUCCCAGGCGGAGAGGCCCCCGUGCGAGAGCUCUACCGGUACCUCCUCACCGAGUACCUGCCCGCACGCUUCCCAUCCCUGUUCCGCCUCAGCGAAAACGUCGGCGGCGGCGCACUGUUCGAGAACCUCGUCGCCGGCACAUCCUUCCCCGUGAACCCCCCGCAGGACACAAGGGACGCGCUGCGCAGCCUCGGCGAGAUCGUCGAGGAGGAGCUUUUCCUGCUGCUGCCCACGCCCGAGGGCCACCGCCUCGUCGCGUACGUGUGCUGCUUCCCGUCGAGCUUCGACCCGGCGGAGAAGCUCGGCAAGCUGCUCAAGGACAUUCACGCGACGGUGCCGGGGUACGACAAGAUUGGGCCGAGCAUGGAGCGGUACUUUGCCAAGCUGGCGGUCGGCAGGCCGGUGAAGAGGGCGAAUUGGUCUGUGCAGACUCAUCCGGAGCUGUUUGCCUGCCAAGCCAAUCCGCGCGUUAAGGAGCACGAGGAGUCGCCAGACCAAGAAGUCAAGAUGGACGAUACAUUUCUGCGCUCCGAGCUGCAGACGCUUAGCCGCCUGCCAGAGACGCAGGCCAUCCUCUUCAGCUUCAAGACGUACCUCUACAACGUCGCUGAGAUCAAGGACGAAGGCAGGGGCGCCGAGUUCGCCGACGCCAUCGACGGGCUGCGCCAGGGAAACGUGCCGGACAUGUGGUACUACAAGGGGGCGCCGCGCUGGGCCGAGGCGGUGUGCAGCUAUCUGCGGUCAUGA